GAACAAGCCAGACUCAUGAUUGAGGAAUGUGAACGUCCGGAAAGAGAAAAGAGGAUGAGGAUUAUGGAAAGUGUAAAAGGUCCUGCGCUAGAGGUCCUGCAAGCUGUCCGAUUCAAUGACCCGUCCACUGAAUUCCUGGACAUCCUCGAAAAUACCUUUGGUACACCAGAGAGCGGAGAAGAACUUUAUUUUACCUACAGAAUGCUGUGCCAACACCCAAGUGAGAAACUAUCCGAGUUCUUGAGGCGCAUGGAGCGAGUACUGAAUAAAGUCGUCCAAAAAGGGGGCAUAAGAGUAGAUCACACAGAUCGCGCUCGCCUCGACCAGCUCAUCAAAGGAGCCACCAGAUCUGAUUUUAUGAUCCUGAACCUCCGACUGAGAGAACGACGUGAGAAUCCGCCCACUUUCCUGCAGCUACUCACUGAGAUACGUCAGGAAGAGGAGCAUGAAGCUUCACGCCGCAGACUACAACCGUCCAAAGCAGUUUAUGCAAAAAGUGCCAUGUUAACCUCAGACACUGAGAUCACAUGUUUAAAGGCAGAAAUAGACCAACUCAAAACGCAAGUAUGUGAGCUCACUACGUCCUCAUCAAUGCCAAGUGGGAAUAUGACAAGUUUUUUGCCGUCUGUCGAUAUAAAAACAGACAGUUCAGAAGACAAAAACGUACAAGCCCUAAAGAAAGAGGUGGUGAAGCUCAGAAAACAAGUUUCAGCAAUGUCAAUUAAGCCUAAGUACAGUUCAGCCUCUGAGAACCGUCAAAGAGAAACUCCGUCUAAGCCCCAGCAGCAAAGAACUUUCACUUCCAGAAACUCAAGUGAUUUCUUUUGUUACCGGUGUGGCGAAGAUGGGCACAUUGCAACUAAAUGUAUUGCCCCAGAGAACUACCCCAAAGUAAUACGGAAACUGCUACAAGCUCAAAGAAAGUCCACGCAAGGCCAAAGACCUGAAGAGGCAAGAGAAAAUAAUACAAAUGCCAAUGUGAAGAGGAGUUCUGUCCACAUGCAGACCCACAGUUUGCCAGAAGGUCUUGUUGGACCUCCUUCUACUGCCCAAGUAACUAUUAAUGGCAACCCCUGCACUGCACUCAUGGAUAGCGGCUCCCAAGUUACCAUCAUUUUUGACAGCUGGUACUGUCAGGUUCAAAAUCAGCAAAAGGAUCAGCAGACAAAACCAGUGAGGCAGAAUGUUGAGUCUUUUCUCGCGAGGAGUGCAACCAGACUUACAGCAGUCCAAAAUACACUAAAGAUCUGUCACACCCCUCGCUCUUUUUAUUUUGGGAUGCCCUACCUACAAUGUGAGACUAGCCCCUAA